AUGAGCACGAAGGUGCAGAAAUGCUGGAAUCUAUCGAUUUUGACGAGUUCUACUACGCUAAACGCCAUCGUCUCUAACCAGCGGCUUCUACACAAUGGCCCAGACACCAUAGAGGAAUUAUUAGACCGACAUGUCGUGAAAAAGGAGAAAUCGCUGGAUGACAAUGAGGAGGAGUUGCUGAAUCGACAGCGGCUCACCAGCAAUCGAAGAGAGGCACUGCAUCUGUAUAGAGACAUCCUGCGAGCGACCCGGUUUUUCUUCUGGCCCGAUUCUCGAGGCGUAUUGUGGAGAGAUGUAUUGAGGGAGAACGCUAGGAAGGAGUUUGAAGAGGCACGGUUCGAGAAGGAUCCGGAAAUCGUGACCCGAUUACUUAUUGGCGGCCGAGAUGCAGUGCAGUCGGCUCUUGAAAAACUCGCCGAGAAGCAGAGGCAGCAGAUUGAGAAGGAACGUGGCAGUGGCGGUGAUCGCCGGUGAAUGGAUUUUUCAGAUGAAGAAGUGGAAUAAUUGAGGAUGUGUUAAGGCAAUGUAGAUUUGCAAACAUAUACGGGCAUCAAUGUUCUUAGGUUACUGCUUGGUGUCACGUUUCUUGUAAAGUUUGGGGGUGCGUCUCAAAGUCUCAACCGUCUCAGGCGUCUGGCAGUGUUGAUUUAUGGCUGCAACGUCCUAGUUUUCUGUACUUUUUGAUGGGGAUAUGGAGUUUAGUUGCUGUGUGAAUGGUAAUUGAGAAUGCCCAGAAUUUGUUGUCUCAUUCAUGAUUCAACCGAUGGAGUUGCUCAUUUUAUGGGCCUGCAUGACCGUCAUAAGAGUUGUUUGACAUUGCUGUUCACAUUAUUGUUUAAGUUGCUAAAUGUUCCGAAUUGUUUUUAUUUUUUUCUAAGUUAGAUGCUGAAUUCGCAUAUUUACCAAACAA